AAAAUGAAAACGCUAAAUGACCAAAUUGACAAAAAAAUAAAGCCUUGACAGCAAUGUAAGAAUAAUUGGUGGAGUCUGAAUUUUCAACUCCUUCUUCCCCACUGUGGGACCGAAGGAGACAUCAAUGUCAAACCAUUACAUCCAACAAAUAUGUGGUACACUUUAGCCAUUAAAUUUCCUCCAUUUCUCUUGACGUAUACGACGCAGGCUUGAUACUGAAAUCUCUUUCUCAAACAAUUCUUGCACCAUAAAGAAUCAAACCACAAGCAGCUCUCUUGCACCAAAUAUUGCUAGUGAUUCCUGCACAGAAAUAGAAAAAUGAAGACUAGGACAGUAGUUCACAUGCCAUCGCUAGUUCUGAGCAGCUGCCUUGUUUUCUCAUUGGCAUGCACUGUUUUUGCUCACCAAGCCCCUCAUAAAUUUCUACAUUGCGUUCAAUCCCAUAACUCAGAAUCCAUCUCUCAAGUCAUUUACUCUAAGAACAACUCCUCCUACUUAUCUAAUCUGCUCUUCUCCAUACAAAACAUACGUUUCAUUUCGCCUUCGAUGCCAAAGCCUGCCUUCAUUGUUAUUCCUUUCACCGAGUCUCAAAUUCAGGCCGUGGUUUUAUGCUCAAAGGCCAGUGGUCUGCAAGUGCGAGUUCGGUGUGGAGGCCAUGACUAUGAGGGCCUGUCUUAUUCCUCCCACGUCCCGUUUGUUAUAAUUGAUUUGAGGAAUCUCAGCUCAAUCAGAAUUGAUGCAAAGAAAAGAGUUGCAUGGGUUGAGGGGGGUGCGCUUUUAGGCAAUCUUUCUUAUCAGAUUGCAAAGAGGAGUGGGAAUCUUGCAUAUCCUAAUGGACUUUGUCCCACUGUGGGGGUUGGAGGGCACUUCAGUGGAGGAGGGUAUGGUACAUUGUUGAGAAAAUAUGGACUGGCGGCUGAUAAUGUACUUGAUGCAAGAAUCAUCAAUGCAAAUGGCGAAAUCCUUGACAGGAAAUCGAUGGGGGAGGAUCUUUUCUGGGCUAUAAGAGGUGGAGGGGCAGCCAGUUUUGGAGUAGUCACGGCCUGGAAGAUUAGAUUGGUCAAAGUCCCUGAUAUUGUCACUGUUUUCACUGUAAAUAGGACAUUGGAGCAAAACGCAACGGACUUGGUUCAUCGUUGGCAGUAUGUUGCUGACAAGUUUGAUCGUGAUUUGUUUGUCAGAAUCCUUGUAACACGUGUAAAUUCUAGCCAUCAUAAGGAGAAAACCACGGUCCAGGCUGCGUUUAACUCAAUUUUUCUUGGAAAGAUCGACAGGCUGCUUCCGUUGAUGCAGGAGAGUUUUCCCGAGCUGGGAUUGGUUCAGGAAGACUGCAAGGAGAAGAGGUGGAUUGAGGCAGUCCUCUACUUUUCUGAUCUUCCAGACGGGUCGACUCUGGAUGAUUUAACAAACAGGAAUCCUAAUCCCAAGACUUAUUACAAGGCAAAAUCAGAUUUUGUCCAGGUCCCCAUCCCCAAACAUGGCCUCAAAGGGCUGUGGAAAUUCUUUGACGAAGAUGAAGCAGCUGAUGCUCAGCUGAUUUUUGCACCAUACGGUGGAAGAAUGAGUGAAAUUCCUGAAUCUCAAAUCCCUUUUCCCCAUAGAGCAGGGAACAUAUAUGAAAUCCAGCACUUGGCUUAUUGGGACAAUGAACGUAACAAGCAGGCUGAAAGGUAUAUAAAUUGGCUGAGAAGGCUAUACGAGUACCUGACUCCCUUUGUUUCCAAGAAUCCGAGAGCUGCAUAUUUGAACUACAGGGACUUGGAUUUGGGAGUGAACAAUGACGGCAACACAAGCUACAAACAAGCAAGCGUUUGGGGCACUCAAUAUUUCAAGAACAAUUUCAAAAGGCUGGUUGAGGUGAAGAGCAAGGUUGACCCUAGUAAUUUCUUCAGAAACGAGCAGAGCAUUCCGAUACUGUCAACCUAAUACUACCCAGAAAAUAGGGGUUAUCUUCUUGGUAUGCAUCAAGAUUGUGCCUCGGAUCAGAUUAAUUUGUUCGACUUUUGAUGUUUCUGGGCCUUUGGAGUUAUGCACGUUGAGUUAGUUCAUCUGUUCACUAAAUAAAAGAUGUCGCAUAGUCCGAACUGCGGACAGUAAAUUGUAUAAAAAGGUCGGUUCGAUGCAUGUAUCUUGAAUUGAAUUUAACCAAGGACAAAGUUCUGAUAAUUAUGUUAUGUUGCUCAUGAAAUGAUAAAGGAUGCUUUUGUUGUAUUCACCCACCACAGGCAGUUUGCGUUUAGACCUUUAGGCAUUGAUGAUGAGAAUGAGACGUAUUGCAUUAGUAGCUAUGUUCUUCUCAACGCCUUUCGGUCAAAAUAUGUCUACAUCUGUACCAGUUUACGAAAAAGAAAGAAAGACCAAUAAACGUGUGAAGCUUAUUUUUUUGUU